AUGCAAGCAAAGGAUGCCGCCGAGGUGACCACCUCAAAGGCCGAAUUACGGCGUAAACGACGAGAGCUUCAGGUUUCUUCUAACGCUGCUAAGAAUAACACGCCUGCAAAACAAAAGGGUCAAAAAUCUGGUCAACAGAAACAAGCUGUUCAGCCUUCAGAGGGUCCCCCUGUUACGGGUGCUUCAACAGCUCUGGACGGCCAGGAACCCCCUUCGGCCGUUGCGACAGCAGCAGCAGCAGCAGCUGCGACCAAGUCAAAGAUACCGGGUCAUGCGCUGGGUGUUAUGCGAAUGGACGAUCCAGCACACCUGAAGAAGUCGAUUAAACAACUGCACAGGAAAAACCUCCAACCUCGACCGCAGGAACCCGUCCGUGUGAACCUCUUCAGUCACUUGAGCCAACCAGACAAGCGCGUGGAUGUCCUCGGUGAACUAAGGUAUGUGGUUUACCACAAAUCUUUGCAUGUCGUUCUGUGUGUGGCCUGCGAGGCAAUUCCUUGCCUACCAUUGGUAGGAUUUACAAGCUUUUGA